UUAGUCGAUGCCUGUCAGCUCGCUGGAAUGCGCGUCUCACGUUGAACAGCCCCCAACUCUCACGGAUUAACAUUUAUAGCUCCUUUAUUUUUGCAACUAGUUUACUUUGUUUAAAAUUAUUUGGCCUUUGUAUAACGUUUUAUUUAGGUCAUACCGUUAGUUUAAAAGGUAAGUUGAAUAGCACUUUAACGUGGCAAUUAUUAUUUCUCAAGAUCGUGGAUAAAGAUUCUUUGAAGAGGAAACUUGCCGCCGAUUAUCGCUCCAGCCUCUCAGCUAUUAGAGAAGUCGUAAUAGCCUGAACGGCUACUUUAUUAAUUCAGCUAACCUAUUCGAUUUUUUCGUUUUUCAGUCAGGAAUUAACAUACAGCCUAGGAUGGCGACGCCCACAGAGGUCACGAAUGUGUUUUACACGACGAUGAUGGCGUCCCUGGACACAAACGUGACCCAUGGCCCGGAAGCAGAGCAAAAUGUCACUUCCUGUGAGGCGUGGGAGGAGGCGCACCACCUGCUCUUCCACCUGGGCAACCUCUUCCUGGCUGUCGGCCUGGUCAUCCCCACCACCCUGGGCCUCCACAUGAUCCUGCUGCGUGUCAUGUUCAUGGCUGGAUGCUCCCUGUUCAUUGCCUGGGCAACACUGUACAGAUGUGCACUGGACAUCAUGAUCUGGAAUGUAGUUUUCCUCGUCAUAAACUUCAUGCACUUCUUCUACCUGUUGUACAAAAGGAGACCGAUUAAAAUUGACAGGGAGCUGAAGUCGAUGUACAAGCGGAUGUUUGAGCCUUUGCACGUGCGGGAGGACAUGUUCCAGCGGCUGACCGGCCAGUUCUGCACUAUACAGACACUGAAGAAGGGACAGCUGUACGCGGUCGAGGACAAGACCUCAGUGGACGAGCGCCUGAGCAUCCUUCUGAAGGGAAAAAUGAAGGUGUCGUAUCGAGGCCAUUUCCUCCACAACAUCUACAGCAAUGCCUUCAUCGACUCUCCCGAAUUCAGGUCCACUCAGAUGAACAGGGGCGAGAAGUUCCAGGUAACCAUCACUGCUGAGGAGAACUGCAAGUUCCUGUGCUGGUCCAGAGAGAGACUGACAUACUUCCUAGAGUCCGAUUCCUUCCUGAACGAAGUCUUCAGAUACCUCAUCGGCAAAGACAUUACCAACAAGCUGUACUCCCUGAACGACCCCACUCUGAGUGACAAGGCAGUGAAGAAGAUGGACCGGCAGCCCAGCCUGUGCUCUCAGCUGUCCAUGAUGCAGAUGAGGAACAGCAUGGCCAGCACCAGCGACACUGAUGACGUCCUCAACCAGUUCCUGCGAGGAAGCUCCACCGGGUCCUCGCUCCCAGUGACUCAGCCCAAUGUGUGUGGCCAGGCCUAUCAGCCGGUCCCCUGACAUAGGGGAGGAAUCAAAAGUCCCCAGCGACAAAGGCAAUGCAGAUGAAGCCCAUUGAGGAAGCCAUAGAAGACGACGUCUUUGAGCCUGUCUCCCUGAGCAAUAACCGCCCCGCACCCAAGAUGUCCACUGAAGACCUGGAAAAGGUCUAAAAAUCACAGGCACCAUCCUGGAGCAUAGGG